AUGCAUGUUGAUAGAUAUGUUCCAAUGCCAGUAUUAUCUGAGAAAGAAGCAUGGGCCCUCUUCAAGAAGACAGUGGGGAAUUCUGUUUACUCUCCUGAACUCCAUGAUAUAGCCAGUUUGGUGUGUAAAGAGUGUGGAGGCUUGCCGAUCAUUAUACUUACUGUUGGAGCCGCAUUGAAAUAUAAGGAAAAACAUGUUUGGAAAUCUGCACUUGAUCAGUUAAAAAAGAAUAUUGCGGGAAUCAACCCAAAUGUGUGUGCUUCCUUAAAGUUAAGCUACAAUUGGUUAGAGUCCCGUGAUGUAAAAUCAUGCUUCUUGCUAUGUUGUUUCUUUCCUGAAGAUGAUGAGAUUUCUAUUGAAGUCUUGGCAAGACACUGCAUAGCAAGAAGUUUGCUUGGACAAGACACAAAUUCACUAAGAGAAGCAAGCCAUCGAGUACUUACAGCUGUCAAUCACCUCAAAGAUGCUUGUUUGUUAUUAGAAGGCAAAGAUGAAAACUUCGUCAAAAUGCAUAAUGCCAUUCGAAAAGUAUGGUGUCAAAAAGUGGCCAAGGAAGAUACAUGCAAUUCUUGCUCAGCAAUCUCAUUAAGGUUCGACAACACUCUUGAGCUUCCGGAUGAUCUGGUAUGUCCACAACUCCACACCUUGACCAUACUAUUGAAAUGGAAUAUCAAUCCUUUCCUCAAGCUUAAUGUUCCAGAUAGGUUUUUCAGAGGAAUGAAGAAACUUACAAUUUUAGAAUUGAAUAGAAUUUGUGUGUUGCCUCCAUUAUCUCUUGCAAAUUUGGUUAACCUUAGAAUGUUAUGUCUGAAUGAUUGUUCUAAUAUCAAUGUUUUUCCAUCAGAGAUAAGAGAAUUGACCCAUCUUCGGUUGUUAGAUCUGGGAAAUUGUUACAAGCUCACACAGAUUCCACAAGGUGUCAUAUCCAAUUUGUCUCACCUGGAAGAAUUGUACAUUUUCGAUGAUUUUAAGCCAUGGGAGGCCACAAGAGACAAGAAGGAAAGAAGCAAAGUGGAUCUUGAUGAGUUGGGGAAAUUGACGCAAUUAACCACUUUAGAGAUUCACAUACCAAAUGUCAUACUAUUGCCCAAGGACUUCUACUUUGAAACCUUGAUCAGAUUUAAAAUAUCAAUGGGUAAGGAAUAUGUUUUUCAUGGAAAGCCGUGUAAAUUUGGGGGUGUUUCCUUGAAAAUAGAAGGUUUACAAGAGGGGUCUUUGGCGGAACGCUUUGGACUAAAUCCAUUAGGAUUCUUCAAUAAUUUAAUCGUAUUAACAAUUCAAGAUUGUAAGUCGAAAUAUCUCUUCUCCCUAUCUUGUGCAAGAGGAAUUCUACGACUCCAAAAACUACAAAUAAUAGGUUGCAAGAUGAUGGAAGCAAUAGUUGGAAUUGAAGAAGAAAAAGAUGAAGAUGAACUCUCAAGUCAGGUAAUUCAUUUCAGUCAGUUGGAAUAUUUGUGUCUUGAAAAUCUACCCAAGCUCAUAAGCUUCUACCCCAAAGUGGAGAAGAUGACAUCGGAAGGAAAUUCUUCUAACCAGGCACAAUUUUUGCUUAAUGAAAAGGUUGCUUUCGCUGCCUUGGCGAAAUUUCACAUUUGCAACUUGCCUAACAUAACAGAGAUUUGGGGGAAGCAAUUACUUCCAGUUCCAAAAACAGACGCACAAUCCUUCGAAAAAUUGGCUAUCGUGAAUGCCACUUGGUGUGACAAACUGGUGAAUGUAAUUCCUUCGAGUAUGUUUUCAAGGUUAAAAAAUCUAAAUUCAAUUUAUGUAAAAGGUUGUCCAGAGAUGGAAGUGAUAGUCUCCAAGAAAGCAAAUGCAACGGUCAAAGGCGAUAUCAUUGUUUUCCUGAACUAA